AUGGGAAAGAGAUUCAAGCAAUUAGAUUCGGAGCUUCAAAAGGUCAGUUUAUCUAUCCACACAGGUGUUUUGUAUGUUAAAAAGGAUACAUCUCUACAAACUGUUUUAUUUGCCACUGUGAGUAAUAAUCCAGAACAUCAGGCUCAUGCUGUAUGGGGUCACCUGAAAUCAGCGUUACAGAAAAUAUUAAGUACCAGGCCUCACGUAAAAGCCUUCACGUGUUUUCAGACGGACCCACAUCCCAGUAUCGAAGCCGCACUAAUAUUUACUUGUGGAUUAUAA